UAUUAUUUCAUGGAAAUCUAAAAUUGGCUUUUGCAGAAACUUUGCUAAAUUGAUGAAAGAAAUAAAGAUCUCAGUGUGAGAGAUGCGAAAACCCAUUGCAGUUUAUUCCUCACAGGAUUGAUUUGUUCGUAGUAGCUUUUUUGAAUUUGAAGAAAAAUAGGAGAGAAUUGUAGAGAUGGAUAAGCUAUUGGAAUUUGGCAGAAGAGCGAUGUUCUAUGUUAGGGUUCUUUCUGGGUAUGAAGAGCGCAGAAUCCGAUCUUACAGAUUGCAGCUCCAGCAACGGCUCCAGCAGGCACAAGAGAGGAAAGCUGCUCUGAAGAAGGUUCCUGAACAAAUAAUUUUAUCAGAGGUCCGACGGAUGGUUGAGGAUAUGCAAUCUUUGAAUAAGAAGUUAGAAGAAACAGAGGCAGCCAUUGAGGAGUAUUUCAAACCAAUUGACAAGGAAGCAGAGUACAUAAUGAAAAUGCAGCUCGAAGGAGAGGAGAAGACGAUGAGGGAGAUGAUGAAAGCCAUGCAAACACAAGCUUUACUCGAGAAAGAUUUACAAAAUUCUAAGACAGACCAACAAAUCCAAGAAUCAACAACAGCAGAUAAGCAUGCCCAAGUUGGAUAAACUCCUUUGUGCUUCCUGAAGAUACUUGGCAAGGAAUUAUGUAAAAUUUUUAUGCUUAUUAGCCCAUUUCUUUGGUUGCAUAUUGGACCUGGUAUUACAUGUCAACAACCAGGUCCGCUGUUGCACUAACUUCGUUUUUAAGCGUCCUUGGGGAUGUUUGAUGUGAUAACAAUAUCACCUCAAAUGCAGUUGAGUAGCAAGCUGGAUUUUGAGUCUGUAGAUGUCAUUUUAGCGCAGAAAAAGUCUACGUUGUACGCCAUUAAUAAAAGCUUGUGUUAUGCACAUAGUGUUUUGCCAGUUUCUCAUAUAAUUGAUGACUAGCAUAGCACAAUAAUGGAAUUCUUGGAAUUAUUUAUGUAAUUUUAGUUUUCUCCUGAA